AUGUCCGUGGCCUUCGCAUCCGCCCGUCCGAGAGCCAAAGGGGAGGUCACGCAGCAAACCAUCCAGAAGAUGCUGGACGAGAACCACCACCUGAUCCAGUGCAUCCUGGACUACCAGAGCAAGGGCAAGACGGCCGAGUGCACACAGUACCAGCAGAUACUGCACCGGAACCUGGUCUACCUGGCCACCAUAGCGGACUCCAACCAGAAUAUGCAGUCCCUGCUCCCUGCCCCACCAACCCAGAACAUGAACCUGGGCCCCGGAGGGCUGAGUCAGAGCGGCUCCAGCCAGGGCCUGCACCCCCAGGGCAGUCUCAGCGACGCCAUCAGCACUGGCCUGCCCCCGGCCUCCCUCAUGCAAGGCCAGAUUGGCAAUGGUCCAAACCAUGUGUCCAUGCAGCAGACGGCACAAAGCACACUUCCUACGACCUCCAUGAGCAUGUCGGGUAGUGGCCACGGCACUGCGCCUGGCUACAGCCACUCGGGACCAGCCUCGCAGAGUGUCCCCAUGCAGGGCCAGGGUGCCAUCGGCAACUACGUGUCUCGGACCAACAUCAAUAUGCAGUCCAAUCCAGUUUCCAUGAUGCACCAGCAGGCGGCCACAUCCCACUACAACUCAGCACAGGGCGGAAGCCAGCACUACCAGGGCCAGUCAUCCAUCGCCAUGAUGGGCCAGGGUGGCCAGGGGAGCAGCAUGAUGGGGCAGCGGCCCAUGGCACCCUACCGGGCCUCCCAGCAAGGCUCUUCCCAGCAGUACCUGGGCCAAGAGGAGUACUACAGUGAGCAGUAUAGCCACAGCCAGGGUGCCUCGGAGCCGAUGAGCCAGCAGUACUACCCGGACGGCCAUGGCGAUUAUGCCUACCAGCAGUCAUCCUACACGGAGCAGAGCUAUGACCGCUCGUUCGAGGAGUCCACACAGCACUACUACGAGGGGGGGAACUCCCAGUACAGCCAGCAGCAGGCCGGGUACCAGCAGGGCACAGCCCAGCAGCAGGCAUACCCCCAGCAGCAGUACCCCAGCCAGCAGAGCUACCCAGGGCAGCAGCAAGGCUACGGGCCUGCCCAGGGCGCCCCCUCGCAGUACUCCAGCUACCAGCAAGGACAAGGCCAGCAGUAUGGAAGCUACAGAGCGUCGCAGUCGGGACCCUCUGCCCAGCAGCAGCGCCCCUACGGUUAUGAGCAGGGCCAGUAUGGAAAUUACCAGCAAUAAGGGACAAGCAUUCUUGUUGGAGCCCUUGUGGUAGCGUGUCCGCCCAGGGAUGGACGGGCCAGUGGCUGUUCAGAGGAAUUGUGACAUGCCGGUCACCCUUCGCCCUAUGCCACGUCUGCAUGUGAAGCGUGCUCAUUUCAUGCUGGGUAUGACAUUGAGCGUGCACCACUGGCACCAGACAGCACUGUGAUGGUGUGACAGAUUUGGUGCUGUAUAUAGUAUUAUAUGUUGAUACAGUGGAGAGGUUGUCCCCUUUUUGUCCCCCACCCCCUUCUUGAGGUCCUAGCUAGCUUCGGGGGUCAUCUUGUUAUCAGUAUAAUCAUGUCCAGAAAUGGGACAUAUUUAAAAGACUCCCUCAUCCAUGAUUCACAUCAAGAGACCCGGCUCUUCUCCCUCUCCUCAUGCCAGUGUCACACUGUGGGUUGUAAACGUUUCUGUAACUGUACUUGCAGCCCUGGAUGCCCACCUCUGCUUUGCCUGGAUGGGAGCUGGGGCACUGCCUGUGUUUUAGGCCAGUUUCUGUUAUUCCACGACAAGGAUAAAUAUGCUUCACCUGGAGAGGCUUCGUACCAUCAUUUCCAGAGCUUGCCCAUUGCUUGUGCUCUCGCUAAUUCUGUUAUCCAAAAAAGCGUACAUCUUUGUAUUAGAAGAUGGAAAGGGAUCAGUGACUAUAUUCCAAAUAAAUAGGAGUCAGUGAGGGCAACAUGCAAUUAGCCUAGUGGUGGCGAACCUGUGGCACACAUGCCACCGUGGCUGUUUGUAUUGUUGAAAGCUCUAAAAGGUUCGCCGUCACUGGAUUCGCCAGACCUGGGAGUGCUGUGUUGCUGAGGAGUGACAGCCGUUCUCUGCCAACUGGGCCCUCAGAAACUGUUUUGGCUUUGGCCUGUGCUUGCUUAGCUGACAUCAUUUUUAGGAUUUGAAUAUUUAAAAUCCCCAUUUCUAAACAGAGAUAACUUAAAGUAUUGAUACGAAGUUUUCCAAAUAAUCGGCAAGUUUUUUAUUUCAUAUUAUUUCUUCUAGGACCUACUUGUUCAGAUCUCCAAGCAAGUGUUCCUUUUCUUUUAGGGAUGUCUGAAAUCCAUAUCCUAUUUUUAAAAAUUAUCCCCAAAACUUUACUGUAUUCUUUUGAGGGAAAACUAAGUUUUAUAUAAUAAAAUUUGAAUAAUUUUUACAUCCCUUAGACAUUCAGUUCCAUUUAAAUUCUGUGUAGCUCACUUGGAAAAUAGUCAAAUUAAAAAUCCUGUAUUUCCGCUAAUAAGUAGCGUGGAUACUUGAUCAACCUUUACUUGAAUAAUAAAACCGUAUCUACUAUGACUCCUUAAAAAACAACUUCAGAUAAAUGCUGAUGUAUUUCUAAGAACUACCAGGAAAAUACAAAAUAUAUCCAAUGCUUGAUACAUCAGGCUUACUGAAGAUGUUUUUCUCUAAUUCAAAAUAGUUAUGUUUUUAAAAUUAAAAGUAAUUUUUAUCCAGAGUUGAGUGCUUUAAAAUUUAUAAGCUAUUUUGUCAGGGGGUGGGGGGUUGUUUUUGCUUCAGUUAAUCCUGAGAGGUCAUGUUGGAAAAUACAGAGCAGGUACCAUUCCUAUUUACAGAUGAAGAACUGAGGCUCAGAUUAAAGGCUUUGUCUGUUUUGACUACCAGUCCUAUCCUAGGAUGUUCUCUCCUCUUCUAAGGGACAGAUAGCAACAAACAUGGGCAUAGAAGCAUUUAUUUUGUAUGCACAGGGUCUAAAAAACCUUUAACACUGGUAAGGGCUUGAAAAAUAUGUGUGCCCACAUUAAAUCACAAAAACGAGAGUUUUUAAUUGCUAAAUGGCAAAGGUAUUAGUUUCAUUUAGGGAGUCAUCUCGAUUUUAUUCUUUUCCUUAGUUUUUAUAGAACUAAUUUGCAAAUUCAACUGGGGACUAAAAUUCCCCAUUGAAAGUGUUAAACAUUUACAUACUGUGAAGAUAAUUUUCAUUCCUUGCCAAUCUGGGAAUAUGCCUUUUAUGUAUGUGUUAAUUUUUUUUUAAGUGCCAUAUUAAUGCUUUUUGAAAGAAAAAGGACACUUGAAAAACUUAUCACCCCAAAAUUUCAAUCUGGAAUGUCUUACAUUAAGAAUUUCUUGAAUGUUGUGUAUAUAUUUUAAAAAGCACUUUGUGAAAUAGUUUGUACAUUUAUUUCCUAAUUUAUACAUGAUUUUUGGUGUUAAUAUAUUUAAUAACAAAAUGUUUAUUUAAUGUUUUGUCCACUUUUAUGUAAUUUUGUGGGGAGAAAGUGAUGCCAGCAAUUCUUUUUCUUGACUGUAUUAUAUCUUCUGUUAUAUGAAUGUUUGAAAAAGCUUAGGCUAAAAUGAAUUGUUCACCCAGUGUGGUUGUGCUGUUUAUGACUCCGUCUACUGAAGGCCAGAAAAGAUGCAAAAGGUCUGUGGAUUGCUGUUCAUUCUUCCUCCUAUUGUUUCCUGACUUCCAUCCAGUCAGUGCUGAAUUCGAGAAGUGAUGAUCAUGACCUUCAUUCAGAUGUGCCGACAAAUUCAUACUGAUGCGCACGCAGAAGCUCAUCACCCAUUAGGGUUUGUUGUUGAAUCAAGGUCUCUUCGGGCUUAGCACGUUAGGAAGUGCACGGGGCCCCGGACCUUGCGCUGGAACAGCCUGCAGAGAUAGUAAUAAGGUGGACAGGAUGAACGAACUCAUACAGUUGGAGUCCCGGCGAGCCUCUUAUUUUGCCAGUAUUUUUAUACACAGGCAUUGGGCGCCCAUUCAAAAUUGUAGAAAGAGGAAGACUUUUUUCCCAUUUCCACUUAAAAUUUUAAGUCAUUGCUUCAGUUCUAUUUAUUAUGUCCAGUCUGUCUUGUUAUUUGUGAGUACAGUACCUUUUUUAAAAGAGAUCCUUAUAGGUUCAUUUUUUCGGAGUUUGGCGUAUGAAUUGUUUAUGCUUUUGGUGUAAUCUCUUAAUAAACUGUUCUUCAAAAAGCAUCUGCGUUUCCAUUCGGCGUGUCCCGUUGGCGAAGCGCUCGCAGGCCCCCGCAGGAGUCGGAACCGACCGCGCCAGACCGUGGAGCGGCGCUCGGGCGUCCCGGACGCUGCGCUCCGCGGCCACCGAGCGUGUCGGAGUCAGUCCCUGCCUUCCGCAUAUGCGCGGUGGGGGGGCCGCAGGCGCGGCCGUCCCCGCCCCGGAAGCAGUCGGAUGCCCCGGAAGUGCUGACUCGGAGGAGCCGGUGGGGGUCGGCGGGGUUCAGGCUGUGGGCAGGCCGGGGGUCGGGGUUGUGGGAGCCCUCGAGGUCGCGGCGGACUUGGCUCUGAGCCUCCGGCGCGAUGGGAGCGCUCCCCUGAGAACUGCCCCUGUGGGAGGCGCAGCUCGGCGGUGAGCGAGGUCCGUUCUGGCCUCCGGCAGGGCCCGUUCUCCGAACGCGGGCCCCUGGAUUGGGCCGAAGGAGCCGGAUUUGCCAUCGGGUUUCCUUUUCCGUUUCUGAGGCUGUGACGCUGCGGACUCUGGUUCCUACGGAUCUUCUGAUGGGACGAAAGGAUCUUAUUUUGGCGAUGUCAUGGAAAACGCUUUCUUAAGGGAGAGGACCCCGUGUCAGAGGGACAGGAGGACUCAGUUCUGUCACGUGCACGUUCAUCUCAGCAGCUCUGUGUCUGCAAAGGGAACACAUCAAAAGCUGAGGGGCAAGCCAGGUCUGGUGGCGCACACCCACGAUCCCAGCCCGCUGGGAGGUUGAGGCAGGCUGAUCCCAAGUUCGAGUACCCCUUGGGCAAUUUAGCGAGAUCUUGUUUGUUUAAAAAAACCCCACAAAAUCCUGCUGGAGAUGUAGCUUAGUGCAAAGGUCCUGUGUUCAGUCCCCCGUAGGAGCAGAAAAUUAGUUCCUGGAAAAGACCGUGCCUUAGUUCCCUUGGAAAGUCUGUGGAUGCUCGGCUCAGUGUGAAGAUUCCUGUUGUAAAUGCAUUGCCAGAGGACACUGACUGUCUGGGAAAGUGACAGUCUCCCUGAGUCGGCCUCCAUUGCUUUUUUUUUUUUUUUUUUUUUUGGUACCGGGGAUCGAACUCAGGACCUUGUGCUUGUGAGGCAGGCACCGGAACCACUGAGCUAAAUCCCCGGCCCCUCCAUUGCUUUGUAGGGGGAUUAAAGGGGGGAGGGGGCACCAGUGGCACCGCACCUGCCUCGAAAGCUCAAGAUCCUGAGUUCGAUCUCCAGUACUAAAAAAAAAAGGGGGUCGAGAAGCAGACAGGACACUGAUAGGGAAGUGGCCAUGCUAGCGCUUUGGCCUGAAGCUUAUAGCAGUGCAGUUGCCUCUACCCCUGAACACCCAAGGCUUAAGGGAGGGUGUAGUCACUGGAACCAAAAGAGGCCUGGGGGAAAGCUGCUCUUGCUGCAGAUGUGACUUUCAGUCAGGUGACUUCACUGGGACAGGAAGAUGUCCUCUCUCCAGUCUGCCAAAGCAUAAGGUCGCAGGAAGUCCGUCAAGUGGAACAGACUGAGACAGCCAGGGUUGUUGUAAGGAAUACAUUUAAAAGUCUAUAUACAGUUUAAAGAAGGUUCCUGGCAAUAACUUCUGUGGGUCAGUAGACAUGGCCUAACAUUUUCGAGAACAACAGUGACAGUGUCCAAAGGGAGGCUCUUUCCAUUUGAUGAGCCCCUUCCCUGGCGUUUGUCAAAGCCUUGUCCUGUAACCAUAAAAGGUCUAAUUCUCUGGCCGACUCUGGAUCCUGGGCUUUCAUCACAAUCUUGUGUUUUGUUUUAUGCCAAACUGGGCCCGGCAAAUGGCUUCUGUUAAGAACAAGGUGCACUCACUUUUCUUGGUUCCCUCUACAUAGUAUAGAUAGGUGCUGUCCAUGGGGCUUUGUGUGAAAUGUUCUCAUCCGUGCUGCCCUGUGCGGCAUCCAUAGGCCACAUGUGGCUGAAACCCAGAAUGAGGCCUGUGGGACUGAGGAACUGAGUUUUUACAUUUUACUUAAUGUCAAUUAAGUUUAAUAGCCCGGUGUGGCUGGUGAUUAUACAGUGCAAGAAUAGCCUUAUUAGAAGAGGAAUAAAGACCAUCAACCAGUGGUACAGAGCAGUGCUGAAUUUGUUCCCUUGCCAGGAGAGAACCGUGCUACUCAGUGGGCCUCUCCACACAGAUGAAAGGUAGAAAGGAGGAAGUGUGCCAAGCGAGGCCAGUUCAGAGUUCAGCGCUCUGGGUGGCUUUGGGUUGAUCCCCUUCUCUUACCAGUGUUGCAGGUUUUACCUCCCCAGCGUGGGUGAGGCCUGUUUCCCGGCAGUCCAGAGCAGAUACCACUUUCCUGCAGGUGUAGCUGCCUGUGCUUCUGUGGAGGAGCCUCGGGGCUUUUUCCCUUAACCACCUACGUUCACGUUCACACUCCACCUUGGGAUCGAACUCGGGACCUUGAGCUUGUGUGGCAGGGGCCAGAACCGCUGAGCUAAAUCCCCGACCCUCUAGUGUCUAAAAGGACCAGAUUGCCGGGUGUGGUGGCACCCCCUAAAAUCACAGCAGUCCAGAGGCUGAGGUUGGAGAAUCACUGCAAGUUCGAGGCCAGCCUAGGCAACACAGGGCCAUGGUGCCUGUGAGGCUCUUCUCAGCAAGCUCUUGGACCAGGUUGGAGGGAGUGAUGGGGGCUCCAUCCACAUGGGCUGGCCUCCCGCUCGGCAGGCUCCUUCCACAGCAGGCUCCACCCAGGCCACUCUCCACGGGCUGUGCAGACUGCACCAAGCAUCAGAAACCCCCCGGAAAGAAGCUGCUGUCUGAGAAGAAACUG